AUGCGUGGCAAUAAAGAGACAACAAUGGCACCUCAGUAUUCAGAUGCCAAUGUGCAGCAGAAGAAGGAAAUCAACAAGGCCAAACAAUCGUCAAAGCAUACCUCUCACUUUUGGGAUGGUGACGAGGAUAUGAAUGGCGCGGUUAGCUCUUCGGCCCCGGCAUCAUCUUUCCAGGCGUUUGUCAAGUUCGACGAGCUAGCGAAUAAGUUGCGUGAGGAGCUAUCGGCCCCUUUUGAACGGUUCGACAAAAUCGUUCAAGAACUCCAAAAAGAUCUUGGGAUCAGCUCCAAAACAGCUAUGCCUUCCUCCUCAGACUGUCAAGCUGUCUCAGCGUCUAAAGAAACAACUGUCCCUAUCCCCUCAUUCCCAAGCAAAAACUUGAAGCAAGAGGCGCCGGCUAUGGCUCGCCAGACGCCCGUGCCGUUCCCGACAAUUCCAGGCAUCGACUUAGGUAACAACCUUCCCCAUCAUCGUGAAGUCCACCCGCAACUCUAUCCUCCUCUUCCCUCCCACGGCCCUGUUCCAGGCCAUAGACCUGGUUUACCUCACACCGAUUCCAAACCCAUCCAUUCCAACCCAUCAUCACCUCGCCACCGCGCGCACACCCGAACCGAACAAGCCAUCAAGGCAACGAGCAGAACUAAAACCUCCCCCUUUUUUAGCACAAGUCCACCACCGUCACAAGAGCUUGUCCAAGAAAGACAAGAAGUUCAUCAACAAGAAACACCGCUCAUCAACCGCCCCCCAACUCCAAACCGGCCCCUUCGAAAACCGCCUCCCGGCGUGGUAUCCAGCCUCCCAAUCCCACCGUUGGGCGCCCCAAAGUUUGGUCUCAUUCAGGAAGAGCUAGCACACUCCUCUUUUCACCUGUUGGUCGCCGUGACUUUUUUGAUCAAAACCGCUGGGAGGAUCGCCAUCCCCGUGUAUUGGGAGUUGGUCAGACGGUUUCCGACGCCGGAAGAGUUGGCAAAGGAGAAGAAUAAGAAUGAGGUGGUGGAGUUGAUCAAGCCGCUGGGGUUGUCGGAGCACAGGUAUGCCAUCAUACAAAAGUAUGCAAGGGGGUUUGUGGAGAACCCGCCGGUAAGGGAGAGAAGGUAUGGGGUGAGGAACUAUCCUUCGGUCGAGGAUGGUAAGAAUGUGACAGCUGGGGAGGUUUUUGGAGCCGAGGAAUUUGACAAUGGUAAUUUUAAUGGGGAUGGUGGAGGGGGGCUUGAUGUGAUGGAUAUGGUAAAGGAUAGAAGGGAACGGGCGAUAGGGCAGGCUUGGGAGAUUGGGCAUUUGACGCAGGGUGCGUAUACGUUGGACUCGUGGAGGAUAUUUUGUAGGGAUGAGCUACUCGGUCGGGCAGACGAUUGGACUGGGAAGGGGGGACGAGGGGAAGGGUUCCAGCCGGAGUGGAUGAGGGUGCUACCCAAGGAUAAGGAGCUGAGAGCUUGUUUGAGAUGGAUGUGGAUGCGGGAAGGAUGGGAAUGGGACCCGGUAACGGGUGAUCGAGAGCCUCUUCGUGAGGAGUUGCGAAGAGCAGUGGACGAGGGCCGGGUUGGGUAUAAUGAUAAUGGGAGUCUGGUGAUACUGAACUCGGAAUCUUCAGCAGGAGCUAUGCAGCAGGCACCUUCAUGAACAAGAUACGUAGCUUAUACAUUUUGAUAUAGUACAUCAAGCCCUCAUGUAAUGUACCAUGUUGAUCCU